UCCGUUCCCUCUCCUCAGCACUUUGUUCAAGAAUUUAAACGAAAGAACAAGAAGGACAUCACUGGUAACCCGAGAGCUCUUAGAAGAUUGAGGACAGCUUGUGAAAGGGCGAAAAGAACUCUUUCCCCCACUGCCCAGACAAACAUUGAAAUCGAUUCCCUAUACGAGGGAGUUGACUUCUAUACGAGCAAUACUCGUGCUAGAUUUGAGGAUCUGAACAUGGAUAUUUUCAGGAAGUGUAUGGAGCCCGUUGAGAAAUGUUUGAGGGAUGCCAAGAUGGACAAAAGCACUGUACAUGAUGUUGUUCUUGUUGGUGGAUCUACUCGAAUUCCCAAGGUUCAACAGCUUUGCAAGACUUCUUUAACGGGAAAGAGCUUUACAAGAGCAUCAACCCAGAUGAAGUUGUUGCCUAUGGUGCUGCCAUUUCUCCGCCGCCCAAAGAGAGAAUGGAGAGCUAAAACAUGUUUUAUUACGGCGUUAAUAGUUCCUUUGAAUUGUUUGGCUGAAGAAGAGUGA